GACUGGAAGUGGUUUUGGACCCAUCGGAAUAUUCUACUUCUUGUUCAUGUGGUAUAAUUACAACAUGGAUGUUCUUUGCUUGGCGGGCUGGUACGGUCGUGUUUUACGUGCUAGAUGGAAGAACAGUUAAAGGAACGUCGUCCUUCAAUAUAGGAGAAUUAUUAGAUAAAAUACACAUAAUUCAAGCCAAAGUUACGUUAACAUACACUUCACCAUUGAGCGAAAGUACUUACUAUGUAGAGCUGGCUGUGAGCGACGGUUGUAAUGGCGAGGUGACUGGGACCAAGAUUUACCAAUCUACCAGCUUCUACAACUGUGGUAGAUUCAGAAAACAGCGUCCAGGACUCUUCUAUACAUUUACCGCAACAGACCCAUCUGGCCCAUCUGGCGAUAGUUUAACAUGUUCGUUAUAUGAUACAAACCCAGAUGGAGGGCCAUUCAGUAUUUCUCAAGGAGUUCCUAAUGUUUAUGGUGAGUAUAACAUUGUACAAUCAGCCUCACCAGGAUAUACCUAUUCGACAAAGAAAUAUUACGAUUUGCGGAUAUCCUGUACAGACGGUGUGACGACUGUGUACUCAAACUUUCAAGUUGACGUCGUCAAAAACGAAGCUCCUACUUUCACUGCAGGAUCAAGCGGUUACGUUCCAGGAUCGAUUUCUGUGGACAGGACUGCAGGUACUUCAAUAUAUCAGCUUAUAUAUUCUGACGCGGAGUCAGACACCGUGUCUUUCACCGAUCCUCCCACUUGCAGUGACAAUGGCCACUGUCCCUUUGCAAUAAGCGGAACAGGUGAGAUAACAACAAAUGCUGUACUUGAGGAGGAAGGCUACAAUCUGGAUAUCACAAUACGUGACAAUUAUGGAAAUGCAGAGACACAUUCUUUAUCUGUUGUUACUUCUGGUCGUCCUUAUACGUUUAAUGAAGCACCAAUAUGGAGAAAUCUGCCAGCAACAAAAUACGUGAUGGAAAAUACACCUGUUGGAACAUCUCUGUUUAAAGUGAUCUACACAGACGAAAAUCCGACGGAUACAUUUACAAUGGCAAAUGUUUCUCCUGGCUCAGAUGAUGUUAAUACAUACUUCCAAUUUGAUGCCACAACUGGAAUUAUAUCAAUAAAAGAGGCACCGGAUUAUGAGAGGCCUUUUACAGACAACGUGACAAUGAGUAUUAGUAUUAAUGAUGGGACACUUGCACAGCAUAAUACAGUUAUUGGAACUAUAACGUUUGUUGUCGAAAAUGUUAAUGAGGGCAUCACCCUUAGCAUUACAAACACAGCCCUUACUGCCGACGAGACAAAUACCAGAGGUACGGCGUUCACUCCGAACCCUGGAAUAUCCGCCACUGAUAUAGAUGCUGGAGAUAACAUGUAUUUUACAAUGGAUUGUGGAGACGAUUCUAAAUACUUUUACCUGGAUACGGCAACAAAUGAGGUGAAGUUUGCUAGAGAAUAUGAUAUGGACUCCGGAUUGUCCGGUACUGCGACUUGUAAUGUAACUGUGCGUGAUGAGGCGGGAAUGUCGGACUCGGGGCUCAUUACAUUGACAAUUAACAAUGUCAAUGACCAUGUUCCGAAGUUUCCACACCAUAUAUACGUUUUCUUCGUAUCUACAACAACGCCUUUUUUCACGGAAAUUGCCGACAUGGCAGCAACUGACUUGGAUAGCGACGCGUUCGGAUCCACAAACGGGGUUCUAACAUACAGUUUCAGUCCUGCAAGCCCUACGGGCGACUAUUUUCAGAUGAAUGCAGCAGGUGUGUUAUUUGUGCGGGAUGUUACUUCUUACACAGGCAAUACGUACGUUUUUGAAAUAAUAGCUGCUGACAGUGGAGGGUUGCAAGGGACGUGUACAGUUACAAUUAUAUUCAGUCCGGUGAUCACCACUACAACAUCGACUACCGAAAGAACGCUGAAGUUUGAAGAUGACUACCAAAAUUACAUAUGGUUGUUUUUGUUAGGGUGUGGAAUAUUUGCUUGUAUUGUCGUUAUAUUGAUCAUUGUGUGGAAGGAUCCAGUCGUCAAUGAAUAUAUGAAUUAUAAGAUGUACAAGUUAUGCGAGUGGUGUAGAAAGAAACCUAAGCCGAAGAAGCCAAGACGCCAUGUUGAGAAACUCCGGGUCAUGAUUAACAAGAAGGACCUUGAAAAUGAUCCUGACAACGCUUUGCCAUGGGAACUCCUUGCUAAAGACAACGACGAACCGAAAGUGAACGAAGUUCAAGAAAUGAUCAAGCAUCGGUCUGAAAAACGAGAUCGUGACUAUAAGAAUUUUGCGGGUCUUCCGGUGUUUGAGAGAGGAAAAGGGAGCCGGCCCGAAUCCGGACGAGCUACAGUUCACUCUUCAGCGAGUAGCGCUGGUAGACCGGACAGUGAAUCGCCUAAGUAUGCAACAUUUAUGUCCUCUACUGGCCAGGAGGAAGAAGACGGUGGUGAAGGUCAAUGGGGUGAUCUUACCGAGAGACGUGUUAUUAUAACACCUGUUGCACCAGUUCCGGAAGACAAUGGCAACGACAGGAAUAAAGGCGAAGCGGAGGAUCUUAUUCGGGAUUCUUCACAGGAUUGGUGAAAUGGUGGUUUUCAAGGACUUUCAAAAAUUCUGUGAAAAUAUUUUUACCGAAAACCAAUGAAUAGUUCUUAAACUUAUAUUUUUUUCACUUAUAAUAGUUGAAUAUAGUCAAACCCUCAAUCAUUUUUAUCAUAGACCGUUAGUAACGAAUAUGUUUUUAUAUAAUCGUUAUUACACAAAUAAGAUUAUAAAAUUAAACCAGUUUUUUUCUAUCUGUAGGUGGGGUUUAUUGAUAUUUUGCUUAUACAAUGUAAUUAAAAAUAAUUUCAGGCAAAUGUUUACAGUUAAUUGAGUGUUGAUUUAUCUGCUGCAUAGUUACAUCUUUACAAUAUUGAAAGGAACAUAGUUUUGCCACAACCAUUUACUUCCACAGAUUCAUAAAAAUGGAUUAAGUGUGCAGCUUGAUUCCAACAUACUGAAGCACCUUAAAAUGCAGAAAUCGGAAUCCUUAAAGAAUGCCAAAAAAACGACAUAAUUGAUAAUGUUGCAGACUCGGUUUGAUUGAGCUUAUUCAUAGACGGUACCGAAAAGUGCAAGUUAAAAUCAUAGAAAUAAUCCGAACCUAUAAGAGUAUGAUAUAAUUUUAUGAAUGUCUAUUUUUAUUUUAUUUUUCUUAUUUUUGUUUAUUCAUUUAUUGUUGUUUUGUUAUUUUUUUGAAAUUUUUCAUUAGAUUAAACAUAUCCUUUCAUA